AUGCAUCUGUGGCUGUGCACUUUCUCAUUGGCUAUUGCUGGAGGCGCUGCCCUGCUGUUACCUGUGUCCAUCGCCUCAAACGAAGUGCUUACUCUCUACCCACAGAGCUACUACGUGCAGUGGCUCAACCACUCCCUCAUUCAAGGAAUGUGGAGCUACGUGUUUCUCUUUUCCAACUUGUCGCUCUUCGCUUUUCUUCCAUUUGCUUACCUCUUCACGGAGUCAGAGGGUUUUACAGGUUAUCGAAAGGGAAUUAUGGCUAGGGUGUAUGAGACUAUUAUAGUCUUCUGCUUGCUUGCUGUUAUAGUAUUUGGCAUGACAUAUGUUAUGUCAUCUCUUCUGGAUGAUGACCAUUCCAACAUCCACACUUUGCUCAUGUGUACUCCUCUUGGAUUUGUGCACCUUUUUGCUGUUGUGGGCCAGUUUUUGGUAAAACCACAGUUCUUGAGAGAUAUCAAUGAAGAAUUUUUUGUGGCUCAACUCGAAGAAGGUGCUGUGCAAAGACGACUUGGAUGUGCGUCUGCUACUGGUAAAUCAUACCUUAGACCUCCACCCAUGGCAACUGGUGGUUUUGACAAUAAUGACAUCUUAGGUGCCAAUGGGUUGACUGCAUUGCAGAAUGGUGCUUUAACUGCAAGAUUGUCAGCAAGACUGGCAGAUGUGAGAACCCAUAGACAGCUGCUUGACCGCCAACGUCACACAUCAUUUCUCCAGAGAAAUUUGGUUUAUCCAGUUGCCAUGUUGGUGCUGCUCGCUCUAACUAUGUUAACAGUUCUAAUUGUUAUACAAAACUCAUUAGGACUCUUAAUUGGCAUGAAAGCUCUACCAAUUACACAGCAUGACUUCACAUUGGGUAUUAGUUCAUUGUCAAAAUUGGGCCCUCUGGGUGCAGCAUUGGAAAUUGUGAUCAUCCUAUAUUUGGUUGCCACAUCUUCAGCUGGGCUGUACACAAUUCCAGUGCUGUCACGGGUGCGACCCCGAGUUGGACAGACACCCUUCACCCACAUUGUGGCAAACUGUGCGCUGCUCCUUGUGCUCAGUUCAGCAUUGCCCCUGUUAUCACGGAUCCUGGGGAUCACUAACUUCGAUCUUCUUGGUGAUUUUGGGAAGAUCCGAUGGUUAGGCAACUUCAAGAUUGUACUACUUUAUAAUUUAGUUUUUGCAGGAGCAGUGGCUCUUGUCUUAACUAACAAGUUCACAGCAACUGUGCGGCGAGAUCUAUUAGCUCGAUUACACAGCUUUGUGAUGACGCUGCUGAGCAAGGAGCCGCUGCGACACGCUGCAUGGGCUGCUGCUGGUGCUCCCGGCACCACCAAGGAAGACUGACACUGGUGCACACAAACUCCAGCUGCAGGUACUUGGAACCAGCAGUCUGGGGAACAGAACACAGACCAAAGAUCAUUGGCCUUGCUGUCCUCAUUUGAGGAUGCUGUGUGGAAUCCUUCAGUCUGCAUACGAAGGACCAAUGUGGAAACAUCCUUUCGUUCAUGAACCCAUAAUAAGCACUUGUGAUAUCUAUUUAUACAUACCGGUUGCAGUGAUAGCCAACUGGCUGAUUUUGCAGUCAUUUUAGAGGGACUUUUCUAAGCUCACAAUAUUGAAGUUGUUUCAGAAUAAAUACUCAUUAUUUUGUAGUAAGCCUUUAUUUCACUACGUUUUAUGUACAAAGAAGUUUAUUCUUCACUAUUGUUGGUACUUUAUUUAAGAUGCCUUUUAUGUAUACACAACUUCGUUCAAGUUUUGUUUUAUUUUGUAUGAAUGAUUUUGUAUGAAUGGUUAUUAUCUGCCCUUGAGGAAAAAUUGAUAGAUAAUUUUGACUUUUUUAGAUGAUUUUUUCAAAAUGCCUCUGUGUUGUUUUCAGGAAAGUUUUCCUGAAGACGAUGUUGAAACUUAUAUUCUGUCAUCUUUUUUGGGCGGACAUUUGCCAUUUUAAAAAUACUUCAACUUAUGAUGAUUUGAUGUGAAUGGAUAUGAGUUUUAUCUGUGAUUUUCCACUUUUUAUAAUUAGAGGCAUGAAGAACAUUGAGAAGUAACUAGUUUAAGAAUGGAAAAAAUAAUCUUUUUCAUAAAAUAAUCUAUUCAAUGUAAAAUUUUGAAGAUUUUACCAUUUGUAAGAGCAGAUUUCAGCAUGUGAUGUGUGAGUGAUCAUACUGUUGCUUGAAUGUUUUAUUUUUAUUUGUACAUUGAAGAUCAAACCCUUUAUUGUGUUUAGUUGCUCAUAUUAUUGUAUUGUAUUUUUCAUUAUUUUAUAAACAGUUCCUGUACAUAUGAUAAAGAGAAGGAGAUCUUGUUAGUCAUAGUGUUUGUGAAAAAAGAAAGUGCAGCUCCUUUCUCAUCUUAUCAUUUAAGACUUGCCAUAUGCACUGGGCACCUACUAGUUCAUUAUUCAUACAGUAAAUCAGCCCUUGAUAGUGCCACUUUGCAUGACAAUAAAAAUAAAAAAGAUAUGUAUAUGAAGACCAUUUGCUUUUGUUAUAAUCACAUUUCAGUCAUCAUCAUUAUUGUUGAUUUCAUAGUCAUAAUAACAAACUUUGCUUUGAAAGUUAUGUGACGUAAGUAAAGAGUAUUAAUCACAUAAGAUUUUAUUGAUUGAUAUUCCUACACUAAUUUCUUCUUAAACAAAUGACCAGAGUAGAUUGAAAGCAUGUAUUGAAUUCAAAAGUAUGUUCUGUUUGUAAUUUGUAUCAUUGUGUCCCCCCCUUAAGCAUUUUAUUUCCUUUACAAGGUUGUUCAUCUGGCCGUGUCAGCACUGCCAAAUGCUACUGGUAACACAGUACAUAUAAAUUCUGUGCAUUGAGUGAAAUUAAGUUGACUUAAUUCCUGUUGCAGUUUGAAAGCAAACCUUUAUACACGUUUUCAGUACAUUUGGGGUUGGAAUUUUGCAUUAAGAUUUGACCUGUAAUUAUGUAAGAAUGAAUGUAAUGAACUGAGCUGCAAUUGCAAGUGUGACCCAUCAAUUGUUUUUUACGUGUAUAACAAUGUGGCAAAAGUAUAAAAAUGCGAGUUUAUUAACAUGGGCAUGGAAGGUUUCAAAGGCCUUUAUUUACAUUAUCUGAAUAAUUGAAAUUAUUUCAAGUUUUCAUAUUGCACGUAGCAUUUUUAAUGUAUGACUUCCAUUUAUUUGUUUGGAUAUGUAUUUUACAUAAAUCUAGAAUGACUGAAGUUACUCAGGUAUACUGUUAGAGAAUUGCUCUGAGUAACUUAAGGUAUUGAAAUUGAACUAAAUUCUAAUAAAUUUUAGUUAACAGUGGUAAUAUUCAUUUGAAAUUAUUCUGUAUUGAAGUUCAGCAUCAUUAACAGAGAGUGGGUUAUAUGCUGUAGUUGAUUGAAAUUACAAAUUGCAUAUAUAUGCAAUUUUUUCUCUCCCAAAAGAUUAAUGUGACAUUAUAUGCUAGUACAUCGUGAAUAAAAAUAAGUUUUAUUCACUUAAUAUAUGUUUCUUCCAUUUCAAGACAAAAAAUCAUAAUGAAAUACAGUUCAAACUUAAACAGUAAUCUAAAAUUAUGAAUUUUACAAAGAAUGCAGGGUACUUUCUCACUUGCCAAAGCCACUCCAGGGUAUCAACAAAUCAGAGUUCUAAUGUUUGUUUUUUCUAGCAAAUUAUAUGAUUUGAAAAAACCCACUACAAAUGUGCACCCACAGUAUAUCUUAAUUACUUUGCAGACAAAAUUCAAAUGUGCAAUAAAAAUAGUCUUGAGACAUAAGUAUGAUAGUUUAUCUCAUCUCAUGUCUUUAACAUUCUUAAUGUUAUGAAAAUUGAAUAGAAAUGGAGUGAAUAAGAUGGCAUUUUCAGUGUUUAUUAUAUCCCAAUGUUCUCUGAAUGGAAUACAACUUUGCUUCUGAGAAAUUUCCCAUGCAAUUUACAAGACCUAUUUCUUCAGUGAAUGUGUCAAUAAAAAUUAAAUAAGUGCAACACUGAAAAGUGUGCAUUGUAAUGCAAUUUACACAUAAUCCACUCUCUAACCAUCUAGUAUAUUAUGUUUUGAGCCAUUGACAUGAUCCAAGACAAAGCUUGUGUAGGUAUGGCAGUUGAUCUCUCCACCUUCUGUGAGGAUGUGAAAUAAACCUUCCUAAGAGGUCGUCCAUAAAUUAUGUAAAUCUAAAGAAGGGGAGGGGUUUGUGGCAUGGGGUUGAGGGGGAUAAUGAUUUAGUGUUGCAUAACACUGAAAUUUAUUUUCAAAAUGUUUCAACAUUUACUGAAAUAAUUCAUUUUAUUCAACCUUAUACUAAAAUAUUAACAAAUUAAAUUUAAAAAAU